AUGGGUGCACAAUAUGGUAGUCCUUUGGUUACAAGUGGAAGCCAAGUCUCUUAUAAAAAUCCAAAUAUGAUUGUGCCUAAGAUGGAUUAUGGAAAAAAUACCCAAGCACCGGCCGAUUACUAUUUCACAGGGAACUUAAUCUGUUAUUGUGACGAUGAUUUAUGUAAACCCCAUAAUAACACCUGCAUUACAGACGGCAUUUGCUAUGUCUCUGCUCAACUCAAUGACUGGAAGGAACCUUUUUACAUGUACAGAUGCCUCAACAAAUCAAAGUAUUUCCCCUAUGACGUGGAGGAACCCUUUAUGUGCCGAGAAAACCCUAAAAAAAGGUUCGAGAGGACCUACUGCUGCGACGAGGACUACUGCACCAAAGGUAUCAAGCCCAAGAUACCCAUGGGAGAUGGUGAUGCUUGGGACAGAACCCAAGAUCACAACGAAACUACAUUGCCUCGUCUUCAUCAACCACCCCUUGAUUUUCAAACAGACGAACCUCAAUCUGUGAUGCAAUUCUGGAGAUCCGAAGUUUUCUUAGCCGUCAUCGUUCCUUUAGCUAUUAUAUUUCUGAUGGUUUUAUGUCUAAUUUGUUUACGGGGUAAACACAAGAAGGAAAGGCAAAAGCGGUACAGGAAAGAUGUUGAAGCCCACCCCACGUUCUUAGAACCGGCUCUCGAUGGCAUGUCGAUACAAGAACUGAUAGAAACCACCACGUCUGGAUCAGGAUCUGGGCCACCAGUUGCUGUUCAACUAACAAUAGCUAGAAAGAUUCGGCUCUUGACAGCUAUUGGGCAAGGUCGGUUUGGACAGGUGUACAAAGGGAGCUUCAACGCAGAAUUUGUAGCUGUAAAAAUCUUUUCUUCUAGAGACGAAAAGUCAUGGAGUAACGAAGUCGAAAUAUACCAAACAGCAAUGGUACGGCAUGAAAAUAUCUUGGGAUUCAUUGCUGCAGAUAAUAAAGAUAGUGGAACAUGGUUACAACUGUGGCUUGUUACAGAACUGCAUGAAAAUGGUUCCUUAUUUGAUUACCUCAGUAAAAAUACAGUAGAUUGUGUGACCAUGUGCAACAUGGCACGCUCUAUUACAAGUGGAUUAACGCAUUUACACAUGGAAAUCCUUGGAACAAGAGGAAAACCUGCUAUUGCUCACAGAGACAUCAAAAGCAAGAACAUUUUGGUGAAUAAAUACUUGAACUGUGUUGUUGCUGAUCUGGGGCUUGCCGUUCGCUACGAUUCUGAAAAUGAUAAAAUAUCACUGCCUGAAAAUCAAAGGGUGGGUACGAAGAGGUACCUUGCACCAGAAAUGCUAGAUGGGACGUAUAAUGCCAGUCAGUUUGAGUCUUACAAAAGAGCAGAUAUUUAUGCUCUAGGUCUAGUCUUCUGGGAAAUUGCGAGUCGCUGCCAUGUGGGUGGAAAAUGUCCUGAGUACAAUUUGCCAUAUCAUGACAUGGUCCCAUCUGAUCCUACAAUUGAGGAGAUGAAAAAAGUAGUUUGCACAGAUAAAAAGAGGCCACCUUGUCCUAAUACGUGGCAGUCUUUUGAGAUUUUGAGGGUUAUGUCAAAGCUAAUGAGAGAAUGUUGGUAUCAAAAUGCUGCAGCAAGGUUAACAGCUCUACGAGUGAAAAAGACGAUAGCUGCUCUUCAAGCACAAGAAAGUAUAAAGAACUGACCAAAGAUAA